GCCACUGGCAUCUAUUGGCAUAGCUGAUUUUUUCUCUCCACGUGACAGGCUAUCCCAUUCUUUAACUAGCGUAGCUGCAACAACAUCAAAAUUCAUAUUGUAGGAACUAGUUGAACGAAGUUCAACAUAGAGUACCGUCGGCUUUGCAUUUAUCAUUGGCAAUACAUUGUCAUAAUAAAGGUCGUGGAGUUGUACGAGGAAGUACUAAAGCUCCGAGGAACAUAUUAAAAAAUCUUUAAACCUAGGAGUUGAGGAACCCCCUUCCUUCGGUAUUACAGCUCCGAGGAACUACAACCAAAUUCAACAUAAAGAAUCACUUUCACAAGGUUGUUUCACUAUUCUUCUAGCGGAACUGUUUCACUAUAGCUUCUAUUGCGACAAUAGCCUCUAGUGGAGCAUAAAAGAGAACUUUUACUAGGUUGUUUCACUAUCACUUCACAAUCGCCGAGGAACCAGCUCACAACCCAUAUCAAGAUCAAGAAGAUGGGUGGACGUCGCGUAUUGAUCGUAGGUGGAGGUUUCUCCGGUAUCCUGGCGGCUAAAGACUUGAAGUGGGCCUUCGAUGUCACAGUCGUCGAUGCAAAAGACUUCUUCGAAUACACACCGGGUAGUAGAAUUGUUUUAGCUCUUCAGUAGCCCCCGCUCACGUCUGCCAGUUUUCCUGGUAGGCCCACCCUUAUCUUCACCUUAUUAUUUACAGCUUUCUAUCUUCAUCUUCUAUCCCUGAAGAAACUCCCUGUACCCGAAUAAACUCCCUCAUCUCUGCAGUGCACCUCCUGCAGGUAUCCUCCGUGCCUUCGUGAAGCCAAGUCAUUUUGACACAUUGUCAUUCACGUUGCAGGACGUGAUUGAGAAAAAAGUUGGCGUAAAAUUUAUCUGGGGAGAGGUGAAGAAGAUUGAUGGCGAAGGAAAUGUAGCCACUAUCAAUUAAGGGUUUCCGAAUUACAUGAUGCCUCACUACCAUCCUUGGCUCCUUUUCAAGGUGGAAAUAGGUCAAGGAUGUUCUAAAGAAUGCAACUCGGAAACCUCUAAAUCAAGCCCCGCUGGAAGGCAGACACCGAAGAGCUCGCAUUCGACUACUGCAUCAUCUGCAGUGGAUGUACUAUGAAUUUGAAUCUGAAUUUGAUGAAGACGUCCUCGUGAUCAUAGAUGUUGUCUCAGUCUCGUAGUUUUAUUGAUGUUGACUCCUAUGUAUUUCUAUAAUAUUAUGAAAAUUGAAGCUACUAGUACUCUAUGCAUUACAAGAACAAUGAACAUUUCCGUUCAUGGAGAGAAGAUCAUCUCACCAUUCGACCCUGUAGCACUCCCAUGCCUCAACAACUACAUACAUGCAUCGAUCAUAUUCUAGGUAACUUCAACUUCCUCCACAAAUGGGGUGAGAGUUUGUGGUUCCCGACUAUCUACGAGGACGCCCGCCCCCACAGCAACUGGUCCCACCUCGAUGAGAGGACCAUCGAAGGCCGACGAAGACACAUCUGGGAAGAAUACAACAAGGUAAUCAAGAUUAUGGAUUCGAGCCAUUGUCGACCCCUCCUGUUGUCAUAUUUAUUUGAAUUUGAGAUUUCCAUUGGUCGUUCUUAACCACAAUUUAAGCCAUUAUAAAUUUCGAACCUUCAUGCUUCAUCUUUCUUCUUUUAUUUUUACGACAUUCAUACCCUACCUAGCCUCAUGGCUUUCCACCCACCCACAACAGAUCAAAUCCCUUGCGGACCGAAAUGCGAAGAUUCUCGUCUGCGGUGCGGGUUUUAUCGGUGUAGAGUGGGCGACAGAGCUCCAAUACUUCUUUCCCACACUGCAGUUGACGAUUAUCGACUUUUUGCCAAACUGCCUCGGUCCGCUGCCGAAGGAUGCGCAAGAGUACUGAUUCUUUUAGUUUUUUUUUCGCUACCCCUACUUGUUGAUGUAAGUGUAGUGGGAUAUCUUCUUAGAUGCCUUGGAUGAAACCGAAAGCAUUCUGUACUAGUAUUCGAUGUGCACGAGGAGGGUGUCACGACAUUGCAAACCAACAUGGAUGGGUUUGAUACUGAGAGAAGUUUUGUCUGUUGAUCGUUGUAUACAAUUAAUAGAACAGGAAGAGGAAAUUCAUUACGUUGCAGCAUGUUCAGUUUUUUUUUGACAACGACUAACACUAACUGCUACUGUUACAACUGUUGAGAGUGAAGUUAUGUAUACCAGAGUAGUUUAUAGCACGCGUGGCCGCGCAUGGAGUCGCAUGGAUUGCGUGCAUAUCCAUAAGGGACGCAAGAAGCGCCCCCUUUAGCUCCAUGCGAUCCAUGCACUCCAUGCCAUGCGAGCCGCGAAGCCUUACGUGUCACCUGUCCGGAUAUAGCUACUCAAAUCUGCUAACUUCCAUGAAACAUCACUACAGCUACUGCGACAAGUACAUGCGCGCGAAGGGUAUUAACACGGUAUAUGGCGUCAAAUAUGAGCCGCAGAGUCCAGAGUUCUGGAAGAAGAUUGGUCUGCCGAACGGCGCUGAUGAGACCUAUAUUUGCAUGGGCGUAAAGGCCUCCAACUACUUCAUGCCGAAGGAGACAUUGAGUGAUAAGGUACUUGUAUCAAGAUGCGUUGCUGUUUUCGGUUUACUAGCUUGGAUGUUGUGCUCCUACGAGGAUUUCGAAAAAUACAGCUUAAUAUCGUACAAACGAAGUGUUAUGGGUCUUGUCGAUACUGUACUAAGUCCGUCGUUCUUUAUAACAUCGAGUAUAACCGAAGUGUUAUGGGUCUUGUCGAUGCUGUACUAAGUCCGUCGUUCUUUAUAACAUCGAGUAUAACCGAAGUGUUAUGGGUCUUGUCGAUGCUGUACUAAGUCUACUAGGCCGCAGACUCUUCCAAACGCAUAAGUACACACCCACAUGACUACAGGGACCCGGUGGCGGUGGUUGGAUUUUGGUGAACAAGAAGUUGCAAGUCACAACAAAGGAUGGAAAGCCAUGGGGCAGCGGCACCGUUUUUGCGGUCGGUGACUGCAACUUUGGAUGCGUCGGUGGACCCAAUGACUGGGUACCGGGUGGCAAAGGUAGUUGAUCUUUUUCGCAGUUUAUUACAGUUUGUUAGUUGAUCUUUUUCGCAGUUUGUUAUUUGUAGAAAGACAAAGAUUAUACGAGACGCAUAGUCUCAUUCCCAGUAGAUGACACGUCUUAAUAAUAUCAGUUCUCUAAUACUAUGUCUUUUCUCGUCUACACAACACCUGCCGGCGUCAUCUGAUCUCAAUCAAGGUAUCCCGCCAAUCCCGAAGAUUUCUUAUCCGGGAGAGGAACAGGCGCAUCAUGCAGCUGUCAACGUAAAAUCCUUGGACUACCAGGCCCAUGGUGACCCGGGAGGUACAACAUCUAAUGUUUCAGUUUGCUUCCGAAGUGAGAUGUUUUUUGGCAACAUGUCGUACUGAAACUCAACAUCAAGAACAUUGAUUAUCAAAGUACCAAAGAAGGUAAGUCUUUUGAAUAAACGAAGCACAUUCACAAAACGAGCAAUCUAGUAUUAUAUCUAGGUCUCUUCUCUCUCUGCGUCCCUUCGAAAUUGAUGGAUACCUGGUGGCCUUGGGGAGCGGGUAUGUUCGCUACAAGUCUCGGUCCAAAGGAUGCCUGCUUCGUGAUUGGAGCGAACUCGACGCCAGGCAGCGGUAUGCUCCUCCUCUGGGGAUGGAUGUCCGUCAUUCUCAAGGAAUUCUUGUUAUGAAGGAAACAUCAGGUGAAGAUCCACGAACGAAGUACACUUCUCCCAAUACUCAGUCUGCCGGUAGUGGUUAUUUGGGUAAAUUUCCACUACUAAGAUCCUAAGUAAGUAAGAUCCUGAAACCUUAAAAGCCUCGGCAGUACUAGUUAUUCAUCUUGGGUCAAGGUUGAUCUUCAGGAAGUUGCAAGUUUUAGAAACUUGCAACACUAUGAGAAGCCGGACUUGACUUUGAUGAUUGAUGACAAUCCAAAGCCAUUGCUUUCUCAUGCUUUUCUUACUUUGUCUUAUCGCAGAAGUACACUUCUCCCAAUACUCAGUCGGAAAUGAUCUAGUCCUACUUUGACACAAGAAUCUGGAACGAACGGGAACGCUGAAUCUGUCUAAUCUCCGAAGCUUCGAUCGUGGAUGCCAAGAAGGGAGGCCUCGUCUGCCAAUUGAUCUGGUACUUCGUGCACCACACUCCUCUUCAUUUUUGGGGUGACGGCGCAUGCUGGAAGUAA